AUGGCAACCGAGCAGUGGUUCGUGGGGCCGCUCCACUCAGGCUCUGGGGAAACGCCGCCCCCGGACGACUUGGAACCUGGGGCACAGACCUGCGAAGACCCCUCAUGGUCGCCUCCCCGUGGCCGACCUGGGGACCCACCCGAGGCGGAGCCCGAGGCCGUCCUGGGGCAGCUGCCCGAGGCCUCCACCUCUACGCCCUCCCCCGAGCCUCUGGCCCCAGGCCCCGGGCCCUCCCCUCCUCGCCUACCCUUGGACACCAUGUUCAGCCCCAUCACCGAACAGCUCCGUUACCUGCUCAAGAAGGCAGAUGAUUUCCAGAGCUACUUGCUCUACAGCAGGGACCGAGUGCAGAAGGAACAGCUGGCAAAGGCCAUGCCCACCUUCUUGCAGAUGUGUGAGCCCUAUUUCCUGUACCUGGAGGCAGCUGCACGAAGUGUGCCCCCCAUCUAUGGGGCCCUGCAGGAGCUGAUCCGAAAGGGGCUGUUGGAGAUCUCCCAACAGCUGACUCUGCGCCUGGAACAGCUGGUCCUUAUGUACGCGUCAUUUGGGUUUGUGGACCUGGAGGAGAGUGACCCCCUAAGCAUCUCCUGUUUCUUCUGCGGGAGGUUCUCCAUCAGUCCUUCCCACGAGGUGUCCAUCUUCAGAUACUGUGCCCCUGCCGCCUACACCGCCAGCCGUUUCCCCCGAUACCUGUAUAAGAAGAUGCGCUGGAACCUGGAAACCACCCCGGAGUCCAGCAGCCGGGGGCAAGAUUCCCAUGUGGAUUACUACUUCCUGUGCUAUCGAGAUACAUGGGAAGACACAGGCAAGAGUCCAGCCAAUUCGUGCCCCCAGAUUCAGAAGCUGUGGUCCAUCGGACGAUGGGUGCCCCUAGGACCAGCCGAGGAUGACCUUUAUUCAUGGAUUUUGUGCCCGCAGCCACCUGGGGACUACCAGCAGCUGCUGACCAUCGGCUUCGAGGAGCCGUCGCACAUGCUGGCCACCGACCUGCUGGUGCAGAUCCUCAUGGGCCAGGCAGGCACGGCCCGACCCCCGAGCACCGCCGGGCCCGCGGCGUGGGCCGCGCAGGGGUCUUGAACCUGGAGAGAGGGUGGGAGCUGGAGCUUGACAGUUCCAAACCCCAGGAGAGGGGGGAG